AUGUGUGACGCCAGCGAUUUCGGCUUGGGAGCAGUUCUUGGGCAGCGAAAAGACAAAGUCUUCAGAACUGUUUACUACGCUAGUAGAACUCUUACUCCGGCACAAGCCAACUACACAGUGACGGAGAAGGAGAUGCUGGCAGUUGUAUUUGCAUGUGACAAGUUUCGUUCAUAUCUAAUAUGCUCCAAAGUCACAGUAUUCACUGAUCAUUCAGCAAUCAAGCAACUCUUUGCUAAGAAGGAUGCCAAGCCAAGACUAAUUAGAUGGGUACUGUUGCUCCAAGAAUUUGACCUUGAGAUCAAGGACCGGAGAGGAAGUGAUAACAAGGUGGCUGACCACCUAUCUCGAUUAGAGAGGGCAAGCCCACAAGAAGGAGAUCAUAUCAAGGAGACAUUCCCUGAUGAGCAGCUUCUGAUGAUCUCUGAAAAACAAGCUCCUUGGUUUGCAGAUAUUGCAAACUACCUGGCUGCCGGAAUAGAGCCAUACCACUUGAAUCACCAAGGGAGAAAGAGGUUCCAUCAUGAAGCUAAGCAGUAUUUCUGGGACGACCCUUUGCUCUACAAAAGGUGUUCUGACCAAUUACUUCGAAGGUGUAUCCCUGAAGGAGAACAACAGAAAAUACUGGAGCAAUGCCACAACUCCCCUUAUGGAGGACACUUUGCUGGAGCAAGAACAGCAGCUAAAGUGCUGCAGUCAGGUCUAUACUGGCCCUCCUUGUUUAAAGAUGCUAAUUUGAAAUCAAGAUGGGAGGGACCUUAUGCAAUCACUGAAGCACUUCCCAAUGGAGCAUUUACCAUUGCUCAUGAAACAUCUGGAGCAACGCUCAGGGUAAAUGGACACAGACUCAAAAAGUAUAAUAGAGGGAUCAAGGAGCAUGAGAGACUGACUUCUCAUCUCGAUGACCCAGCUGAAGUCUGA